AUGAAGACCGGAAUACCACAAAGCUCGGGAUUAGGCCCAUUAUUGUUUUUGAUCUAUAUUAAUGAUUUUCCAAAAUGUUUAAGACACACUAGACCAGAUAUGUUUGCCGAUGACACCCAAAUUGCAACAUCUAAUAGCGAUAUCAAUGUGAUCUUAGAGAAUCUUAACACAGAUUUAAUAAAUGUUUCGACUUGGAUGUCAGCUAAUAAAUUAACUUUGAACAAUAAAAACACAGAGUUCAUGGUUAUAGGUAGCAAUAAGCGACUUGGCCAAAUAAUCCAAGAACCCUCAAUUUGUGCGAGAGGCACAGAGAUUAAAAAG